AUGGCUCUCCUCCUCUUCUUCUUCUUAUUAUUCUUCAAACACAUUUCCAUUGCUCUUGGAGACAUUGGCACUGCCACAGUCUAUGGUCCCCCAUAUCUUCCCACCAAAUGCAACGGGAAUAGCGUUGAACAGUUCCCACCUGGCAACCUUUUCGUGGCAGUCGACGAAGGAUUGUGGGAUAACGGUGCUGCUUGCGGUCGACGAUAUAGAUUACGAUGUUUGAGCGGUCGAAAUCGCCCGUGUAAAACCGACAUCAUUGAAGUUCAAGUCGUGAACUUUUGCCCUAAGUCGCCAUGUCCCUCUUCCUUUCUCAUGUCCAAAGAAGCCUUCUCUGCAAUCUCUCGCUUCUCCAAUGCUAAACUCAAUGUCGAAUAUAUUGAGUAA